CUGGGAUCCUGGGGGAGAAUCACCUGCUGUGGAAUCUCAGGGAGACGAGAGGAGAAUCAGCAGCGUUCUGUCUCUGCGCCACUCACUAAUAUUUAGCCGCGACCAUGUUCCUCGGGGACCCGGUUACGAUUCUUUUGGCGGUCGUGCUGUGUCUUAUUGUGGCAAAUACACUUUAUAGGGGCAAAAAGGAUGGUGUCGGGAAUCUCCUACCUGGACCAAAGCCGUUACCCAUCAUUGGGAAUAUUCACAUUCUGAAUCUGAAGAAACCGUAUUUAACAUAUUUAAAGUUGUGGAAGAAAUACGGCUCCAUAUUCAGAGUACAAAUAGGAAGCCAGAAGAUGGUGGUGCUGUGCGGAUAUGAAACAGUGAAAGACGCUCUUAUAAACCAUGGGGAGGAAUUUUCGGAGAGGCCAAGACUCCCUAUUUUUCAAGUUAUAGCCAAUGGAUACGGCGUUGCAUUUUCUCAUGGUGAGAACUGGAAAGUGAUGAGAAGAUUCACCCUUACCGCAUUACGAGACUUCGGGAUGGGGAGGAGAACCAUAGAAGACAGAAUUAAUGAAGAAUGUGAUUUCCUGGUAGAGGCAUUUAAAUCUUACAAAGGAAAGCCUUUCGAGAACUUAAUGAUAUUAAAUGCGGCUGUGGCCAAUAUCAUUGUAUCUAUAGUCUUUGGUCAUCGAUUUGAUUAUCAGAACCCAACGUUUCUGAGACUAAUGCGUUUAAUCAAUGAGAAUGCGAGGCUUUUAGGGAGUCCUACUGCCAUGUUGUACAACGUGUUCCCAUCUGUAAUGCGAUGGCUGCCGGGAAGUCAUAAAACUCUUCGCAAAAAUGUAGACGAGAUAAAAAUCUUCAUUAGAGAGACCUUCACAAAACAAAGGGAUAAACUGGACGUCAAUGACCAGAGGAAUCUGAUUGAUGCCUUUCUUGUCAAGCAACAAGAGAAGAAUGGAAACGGGCCGUACUUUCAUGAUGAGAAUCUAACUACACUUGUAAAUAAUCUGUUUUCUGCUGGAAUGGAAACCACUUCUAGCACUCUCCGCUGGGGCCUUCUCUUAAUGAUGAAAUAUCCAGAAAUUCAAAAGAAUGUGCAGAAUGAAAUAGAAAAAGUGAUUGGACAGAGCCGGCCACAAAUUGAGCAUCGUAAAUCCAUGCCCUACACCGACGCCGUUAUCCACGAAAUCCAGAGAUUUGGUAACAUUAUUCCGAUGAAUCUUCCCCAUGCGACUGCUCAGGAUGUGACGUUUAGGGGCUAUUUUCUUCCAAAAGGAACCUACGUGAUCCCAUUGCUGACGUCGGUCCUGUAUGACCAAAGUCACUUUGAAAAACCAAAUGAGUUUUACCCUCAGCAUUUUCUCGACUCUGAAGGCAACUUUGUCAAAAAUGAAGCAUUUCUGCCCUUUUCAGCAGGAAAAAGAAGCUGUGCCGGAGAGAAUUUGGCUAAUAUGGAACUCUUCCUGUUCUUCACAAGCCUCCUGCAGAACUUCACCUUCCAGGCGCCUCCUGGGGAGGAACUAGAUCUCACCCCUGGCACUGGGUUAAGCGCUCCGCCUUUGCCCCAUAAUAUUUGUGCUUUGCCUCGAACAUAGAUUGUGCUUGUUGUGCAAGGGCAAGGUAGAACUACCAAUGGUGCAAAAAUAUUGAUAAAAGCUAGAUCAUAUUCUAAUGCUUUGAUAUAAAUAAAAGAAACAGGGAUACAUCUGAGUAGCAAUUUCACCGGUGCUAUUCUCCCUCCCAGAUCUGUUGUGUUCAGCCACAUUAGGUCCCUCUGGUCCCACUAGGGGAACUUUGAGAGGUGACAGGGCUAAACUUGAGGCCAUUUACAAUGAUAUUAGGGUAGAAUGUCCUUUCUUGGAUACACCUGAAAGCCCAUCUUGAAUUAGGGUGAGAUCUGGGCUGAAAACAUAUUUGAUGCCCUAGAUCAGUUAGCACUAACCAGUGGCUCGGGGGCAACACAUUGCUCACCAACCCCUUGGGUGCUGCCCAGUGGCCUUGGGGUUGAGUUUUGGGGACAUAAAGACCAUGUGUACUGCUAAACAGAGCCUCUAGUAGUCUGCCUGUCUACACUGGGCUACUAAUUAACCAAUCUGAGUUCUUAUUGGUCACCUACUAGGAAAGUUUUUGUGCUUGUGUUGCUCCCCAGCUUUUUUUCGUUGAAAUGUUGCUCACAGGUAAAAAAAAAGCUUAGAACAUUUAUGCCCUAGAACAUUUAUGGCCAAUGUAUCACUUAUAUAAACUGUCAAGGAUUUAUUUUAACGGAAAGUCGAACCUCUGCAAAAUAAAACUUUUUUUUAAAUACAAAUAUAACAUUUUUUACAAAUGAUCCAGAAUGUUUAUGCAGAUGAAUGAAGCUGUAUUUGUUAUUACAUUUUAGCCUUAUUGAUUUUAAGGGAUCACUGGGCCAUUUAUAAAUGAUUACUGAGUAUAUUAUUUACUUUUUUUGCUUUGUUUUCUGCAGUUAGAGAUGGAACUGAUAUUAUGGAUGAAUCUGGUGCCGAGGCUGCGGUCUCAUUCAGGCUGUGGCCAUAUCCACCCCGUGCACAUAAUAUCUGCUCCAACUCAAAUUUACAUUGAGAGCAAGUUCAAUAUUUCAGUCUCUGUACAUAACUACAUGUAUAAUUGUACAUAUGCUUUACUGAAGGAACAUGUUGAUUCAAAAUUGGUGGUCAAAUCAGAUUAAAAUAAAUGUUGGACAAAAUA